ACAUAUAUCUGUACUUAACUUCUCCGCGUGGAUAACCUAAAAAAUAAGUUAAACAUUAUUGACAGAUUUUGUUGCAAGAAUUAAAUUUUUUAGCAAUUACAUUAAUGUCUAACAACUUGUCAGUAACAUGGAAUAUUUUGAAAAUCCUGAAAACAAACCUCUAGAAAAGGUCGAACUUGUCAUCUACGAAAAUGAAAUUCCUAAAAUUGUUCCAGCUUUGUCUAAAUAUCAUGUUGAAAAACGUCAUUUUAUGCGUUAUUCAAAACCUCGAAUCUAUCACAAAGAUGGAACCGAAAUUAUUGGUGCUAAAGAUAUGUGGUUAGAAAUGAUCAACUAUGUUAUUCAAGAUUAUGAAUGGUUACUAAAGUUGCCGUUUUAUAAAUUCUGGUCAAAUAUUGUAUUUUAUUAUUCAUACAUUGAUUCUUUGAAAGUAGUCCUCCAAGAAUCACCAAGGUUUCAUGAAUUAAAAGAUUUUCCUGAUGAUGAAGAAAUGAAAGAAAGGCUGUAUACUCUUCACAAAAAAGUUAUAAACAUCUUUUUCCGAAUUGUAACAAAUAAAAAAAAUGCCAGUGAAUUUAUAAGUAAUGAGUAUCAUGGUUAUUUGAUCUAUGAGAAUUUUUUAAUAACAGUACCAGUAAUGAUCCAACUCGCUCAAUUAUUUGGACGAGAAAAUGAAAAAAUUAUUCACAAAAUCAUAAAGAAAGCAGUUAAAUAUCAACCACGAUAUCAAGAUGAUUUUAAGGAAUUGGUCAGAUUUUCUUGUCAAAUUUUAGGAGAAAUGGAAGAAAAAUUACUUAACAAUCCAAAUACUAGAGUUCAUAAUGAAGAAAAGGGUGUUUUAUAUAUUUCAAACGUAGAUAAAAAAUCGUCUUCAAGUGAAAUAAACUGUGACGAGAUUGAAGAUAUGAUCAUAUAUUUAAUGGAUUUUACGUCUAGUGUAGAAAUUUUUAUAACUGUUUACCCACCGGUAGUAGAGUAUUUUUCCAGUGAUUAUUUUUUGAUGAAAAUCAUAUCAAUUUAUGAAAAUGUGUUGCCAGAACUUUAUCGAAGGCUUGAAAAAUUGAUAAACAAGAAUACAAACAAGGAAAAAUAUCAAGAGAUGACAGAAUACUUAAAAAUAACUAGAUUAGAAAUAAUUAAAAUAUUUAGAGCAAUCACUUUCCGAGGUAUUGCUUCAAUUUUACGACAGCCAGAUAUUACAGAAGCUCCAAAUGUGAAGGAAAGUGUCGAUCAAUUUCUGAAUUAUUUAACGAGUGCAGUGUCCGAUAAACACUUGAUGAUAGAUUACAAUCAAAUAUAUCCAAUAAGUGAUGAUUUGGAGUUGAUUCAUCAAAUUACUUCGGAUGUUGACCAAAUCAAAGUAUCAUUUCUAAAGCGUUUAGUUACGGAGUUACUUAUAAAUUACGCUCCAAAAGCAUCAAAUAAUGUAGUUAAUAAUACCCAUAAUUCAUUGCAACCAGUAGCUGGACCUAGUGGCGUUCAAAAUUCAACUAGUACAUCAACAACGAUAAAUUCAACGAAUAUCUCUGAAGUAGAACUCAAAAGUCUUAUUUAUAGCAUAAAAGAUGUUAUGUAUGAAUUAGGAGAAGGUUUUAUACAGAAAUGUUUACAACAUUACAAUUAUAAUACCGAAAGUGUAAUCAAUGCUAUUUUAGAAGACACUUUACCUCCAGAAAUAAAGAAAUUAGAUAGGAAUUUACCUUAUAUUUCUUUAGAAACUGAGACAAUACCGAUGAAUUUAACAAAGGACAUGGAAGGCUUAAGUAUCAGUAAUAAUAAUCAAACAACUGAAGAUGGAAAACAAAAAUUAAAUAAUGAAGAUGAAAUUGUUGAAGUUUUCCGUGGAAAGCGGAAAAGCAAAUACAAAAAUCUUAACGAUAUGUUGAAUGACAAGUCAUUUAAAAAUAAAGUUGUAGAAACUUAUUCAAAAUACAGUCUUGUUGAAGGAUACGAUGAUGAGUAUGAUGAUACAUAUGACAGUCUAAAUGAUAAUGUUAUUCUUCUGAAUGAUAAUCCAGAUAUUGAUAAACCCUUCACAAUUCCAAGAGUCCUCCGAACUAAUGAAAGAAUAGAAGAAAAUGAUGAGGAAUCUGAAAACGAAGAAGAACCUACUACGUCCAAUGCUUCAAAUAAUAGGGAUAACUUUGUUCAAGAUCCAGCAGUAUUAAGAGCUCGAGCUGAACAAAGAAGACUAUCACAUCAAGAUAGGGGUAGAAAGAAAAAAACUGGAGAUGUUGUAGGUAACCCUAAGGGUCAAGGGAAUGAUAAAGAAGUGUUAAUAAAUCGUGAUAGAAAAAAUACAAACAAAUCAUCACAAGCUAACCAUAAUCGACGAUCCGGAGCUGAAUGGAAACGUCGUCAAGGAAUGGUUCCGUCUUGAAAAUUCGUUAUACAAUUUAUUAUACGAAUGAUUAAAAUGUCAAUAAACAUCAGUAUUUCUUAACGUAAAAUUAAGAAUUUUGAGGAGUUAAAAAUAGCAUUUGAUAAGAAAUUAUUUAUAUUUAAAUAUACC